CCUUAAAACGUUGCAGUUUACAAUGAAUAAAACAAGCUGGGGGUUUUAUAGCCAUUCACUGAAUCAGGUGCGUCCGCCAGCGACAAUAUGCAAGAACUACCACGUCUUACAAUUGCAUUAAGGACCUUUGGCAAUGUUUCCCAAGGUAUUCAUGUAGGAGCAGUUAAUGAUUUACCUUUACGUAAAUCACUGGCACUUGAGAAGCAGAAAGAACGAAGUCCUUCUUGGGAGAAUUUAUCAGCAUUCAUUAAAAAGCAAGCCAAAGCAAGUCAUAGUGAAAUAGCAACUGCUCUUAAACAAUUAUUAACAACAGCUAAAUCUAUUGUUGGAGAGGAAGAAUCACCAGAUACAAUUGAAUGUGGAGCAGCAUUUCUGUUUGAUGUAUUUAAAUCAGUUGAAAGUGUUGGACAAAGGGAGGCUACACAAUUACGCAGUACAUUUGGGCCCUUUUCAGCUACCUUGGUUACUAAAGCAUGUGAGCUAGUGAAAAAGAUAGUCAGGUGGCUACCCGAAAGUGCGUUAGCUGAGCUUUCAUUAGAACGAGAAGAAGGUGAUGGUGCUGCAAACAACGAAGAGUUUGGACGCACAAUUAAGUUUACUAUGCCACCUGUUGAGGAUUAUCAAGAUGGGUUUUCUUCUAGUGAAGAAAAUGAUGCUAUUGAUGUAGAUAGUAGAGAUUUUGAUUUAAAAUAUGCAGCAAAAGUGAAAGAUGGGGACAACAAAAAGAUGCAUCAAACUAAAAUUGUGGCAAGAUUAGCAGAAUUUAAUUCAAAAUGGAUGAUGCAAAUUCUUGGAAACUAUUUCCAAGAUAAUGAAACAGCUCUAAAUUUGGGUCUUGAUAAUCUUGCUUCAACAGUGUAUGAAGUUUUGAGUUCUCAGCGCACAGAUGAAGAAUUACAAAAUGAGAUGUUUGAUUUGUUGGGUUUUGAAAGAUUUGAACUUAUACAAAAUCUUCUUGAAAAUCGACCUCAAAUUAUAAAAGCUCACAUGGCAGAAUCUACAAAAGCUUUAAUACAGCAAAUUCCAAAAAAAAAGACAGAAAAUGAGAGGCCUACUUAUGGAUGUCAAGUAAUUGUUCAGAGUGUUGAAGAAAAAACUUUAGCCAAGCAGUUGAGAAAGGAAGAAAAGCGUUUAAAGAAGGAUGGAAAAUUCACUACUGAUGAUCAGGAAAUUGCUAUGGCAUUAGAUAUGACUCCUGAACAAUUAAAGGCAACAAGAGAAGCUGCUUUACGAGCUGCUGCCAAUGCUCCUUUAUUUUCUGGUAGAAAUUUGGGAUAUGCUAAACCAGAGAAAUACCCUUUUGUUUUUGAUAGUCUUGCAGAAAUUCAACAGUCAUCUGCAUAUAUUUCAGGACAAAAGCUCGUUUUACCUGUAAAUAUUACAAGAAAAGAUGAAAAACUUUUUGAAGAAAUUAGUAUACCACCUACUGAAACAGCUCCAACAGAUGUAGGAAAAGAUAGAAAACUUAUAGAAACACUUGAUGAGAUUGGCCAGUUGUGUUUCAAAAAUACAAAAAGUCUAAAUCGCAUUCAGUCUGUUGUCUUUGAUGCAGCCUAUAAAAGUAAUGAGAAUUUACUUAUUUGUGCCCCAACUGGAGCCGGUAAAACUAACAUUGCCAUGUUAGCUAUUAUUAGGGAAAUAAAGCAGCAUCUCUCUCAAGGAGUUAUUAAAAAAGAUGAGUUUAAGAUUGUAUAUGUUGCUCCUAUGAAAGCUCUUGCAGCUGAAAUGGUACGAAAUUUUGGUGGAAGGCUUCAAGCAUUGGGAAUAACUGUAAAAGAAUUGACUGGAGAUAUGUCAUUAACUAAACAGGAGAUUCUUAACACACAAAUGCUGGUAACAACACCAGAGAAAUGGGAUGUGGUGACACGCAAGAGUACUGGUGAUGUAGCUCUCACUCAGUUAGUAAGGUUGUUGAUUAUUGAUGAGAUCCACCUCUUACAUGAUGAUCGAGGACCAGUCAUUGAAACAUUAGUAGCAAGAACUAAAAGACAGGUGGAGAGCUCUCAAAGCAUGAUAAGGAUUAUAGGACUUUCUGCCACUUUGCCAAAUUAUCUAGAUGUUGCUACCUUUUUGAAUGUUAAUCCAUACACUGGAUUGUUUUUCUUUGAUGGACGAUUCAGGCCAGUUCCACUUGGUCAAACCUUUAUAGGUGUUAAAGCAAUUAACAAAAUGAAUCAGAUGAAAGACUUCAAUACUAUUUGUUAUGAGAAAGUCAUCAAACAAGUAAGAGAAGGCCAUCAGGUGAUGGUCUUUGUUCAUGCUCGUAAUGAAACUGUUAGAACAGCUUUUAGUUUGAUUGAACUGGCAAAAAAUAGAGGAGAUACAAGCCUGUUAUUAGCUGAACAAAGUAAAGUAUACGGAGAUGCCCAAAAAAAUAUAUUAAAAAGUCGUAACAAGCAACUCCGUGAAAUGUUUGCUGAGGGCUUUGGUAUUCAUCAUGCUGGAAUGCUUAGACAAGAUAGAAAUCUUGUUGAGAGAUAUUUUUCAGAGGGCUUCAUCAAAGUUUUGGUCUGUACUGCAACUCUUGCUUGGGGUGUCAAUCUACCUGCUCAUGCAGUUAUAAUCAAAGGCACUCAAAUUUAUGAUGCAAAAAGAGGAGCUUUUGUAGAUCUUGGCAUAUUGGAUGUAAUGCAGAUUUUUGGUCGUGCUGGGCGUCCACAGUUUGAUACAUUUGGCCAUGGCACAAUCAUAACUACACAUGACAAGCUGAGCCACUACUUGAGUCUGAUGACAAGACAAAAUCCAAUAGAAAGUCAGUUUAUUAAUAGUCUGACUGACAAUCUUAAUGCUGAGAUUUCUCUGGGAACAGUAACCAAUGUAGAAGAAGCUGUCAAGUGGCUUAGCUAUACAUACUUGUUUGUUCGCAUGAGGAAAAAUCCGCUGGUUUAUGGUAUUCCUACUGAUUACUGGCAGGAGGAUCCUCAAUUAGAAAUACACAGAACAAACUUGGUUAUUGAAGCAGCUCGACGAUUAGAUAAAGCAACUAUGAUAAGAUUUGAUGAGCGCACUAAUUAUAUGUUCUCUACAGACCUUGGUCGUAUUGCCAGUAAUUUCUACAUUAAAUAUGACACAGUCGAAACAAUCAAUCAAAUGCUGAAACCUGUGAUGACUGAAGACCACAUUCUGAACCUUGUUUCCAACGCUCAAGAGUUUGAACAGAUCAAGUUACGGGAAGAUGAAAUGGAAGAACUUGAUCGUCUUAAUUCUGAUGGAUGUGAAGUUAUUGUAAUUGGAGGAAAGGAAAACACUCAUGGCAAAGUGAACAUCCUACUGCAGUCUUACAUAUCAAGAACCAAUGUGGAAUCUUUUUCUUUGGUAUCAGACAUGGCUUAUGUUGCACAGAAUGCAGGAAGAAUUAUGAGGGCUUUGUUUGAGGUUGCUUUAAAAAAUGGGAAUCCACUUCUUGCAGCAAAAUUGUUGGAAAUGUGUAAAAUGGUGGAUAAACGCAUUUGGAACUAUGAAAAUCCCUUACGUCAAUUUAGCACUUUAAGUCAUGAAAUCCUAACCAAACUUGAACAAAGACGCCUGACACCUGAAAGAAUGAGGGAAAUGGAUUCUAAAGAAAUAGGAUUGUUGGUUCAUCAUACUUCCAUGGGGCCAGUAAUAAAAAAGUGUGUUCAUCAAAUUCCUAACCUGUUAUUGGAUGCAUCAAUCCAGCCCAUAACUAGAACUGUGCUCAGAGUUAAGCUUGAAAUUACACCUGAUUUCAAGUGGGAUGAUAAGGUUCAUGGUGGAACUGCAGAGCCUUUCUGGAUCUGGGUGGAGGAUCCUGACAACAAUCACAUCUACCAUAAUGAAUACUUUCUCUUACAUAAAAAGCAGGUCCAAAAUGUUGAAACUCAGACAGUGGUAUUUACUAUCCCUAUAUUUGAGCCAUUGCCAUCUCAAUACUAUGUGAGAGUUGUUUCUGACAGAUGGAUUGGUUCCCUCAUGAUGCACGCAAUGUCCUUUCAGCAUCUCAUACUACCAGAAAAACAUCCACCACACACAAACUUACUGAAUUUACAGCCGUUACCAAUUACUGCCUUAAAAGAUUUAAGAUUUGAGUCUCUAUAUAGUUUCUCACAUUUUAAUCCAAUUCAGACACAAAUUUUCCACACUUUAUACCACACUGAUGUGAAUGUCUUGCUUGGGGCUCCUACUGGAUCAGGCAAAACUGUUGCUGCUGAAUUAGCCAUCUUUAGAGUUUUUAAGGAAUAUCCAAACUCAAAGGCUGUGUAUAUUGCUCCAUUAAAAGCUCUUGUCAGAGAAAGAAUGGAGGACUGGAAAAUCAGGAUAGAACAGAAGCUAGGCAAAAAGGUUGUUGAGCUAACAGGAGAUGUAACUCCAGAUAUGCGUGCUGUAGCCAAUGCUGAUCUCAUAGUUACCACCCCUGAAAAAUGGGAUGGUGUAAGUAGAAGUUGGCAGACGCGAAACUAUGUCAAGGCUGUUGCUGUUCUUAUCAUUGAUGAAAUUCAUUUGUUGGGUGAUGACAGAGGACCAGUUCUGGAAGUGAUUGUGUCUAGAACUAACUUCAUCUCUGCCCACACUGAGAAAACUGUCAGAAUUGUGGGGCUGUCAACUGCCCUAGCCAAUGCCAGAGACUUGGCAGACUGGCUUUCUAUAAAGGAAAUGGGGUUAUUUAAUUUUCGACCUUCGGUUCGACCAGUCCCACUUGAGGUACAUGUCAAAGGGUUUCCAGGACAACAUUAUUGCCCAAGAAUGGCUACAAUGAACAAACCAACAUUUCAAGCCAUUAAAACUCACUCUCCAAGAAAACCAGUUUUAGUGUUUGUAUCAUCUCGUAGACAGACUCGUCUUACAGCCCUAGACCUGAUAGCUUACCUUGCAGCAGAAGAGAAUUCUAAACAAUGGCUACAUAUGCCUGAAGAAGAUAUUGAACUGAUUUGUGCUGGAGUAAAGGAAUCUAACUUAAAACUCACAUUGGCUUUUGGCAUUGGCAUCCAUCAUGCAGGCCUGACAGAAAGAGACAGGAAAGUUGUAGAGGAGUUGUUUGUCCACCAGAAGAUACAGGUUUUGAUAGCAACUAGUACUCUGGCCUGGGGAGUUAACUUUCCUGCUCAUCUGGUUGUUGUCAAAGGUACAGAAUAUUUUGAUGGGAAAACUCGCAGAUAUGUUGAUUUUCCUAUAACAGAUGUCCUCCAAAUGAUGGGUAGAGCUGGACGGCCACAGUUUGAUGACCAAGGUGUAGCAGUCAUACUGGUCCAUGAUGUUAAGAAACACUUCUAUAAAAAGUUUUUAUAUGAACCAUUUCCAGUGGAAUCUAACCUUCUGGAAGUGAUGUCUGACCACCUUAAUGCUGAGAUUGUAGCUGGAACAAUCAGUUCAAAGCAAGAUGCCAUGGAUUACAUCACAUGGACCUACUUUUUUAGGAGACUCAUUAUGAAUCCAAGUCCAUGUGCAGCAAUGGAAUGUGGAAAUGCUGCUGUUGCUUCCUCCUUCAUGAAGCAGUGCUGUAAUUCUCUUGACAAAAAAAUGAGUUUGUGGCAACCCAGAUUUCUGGGGAACUGGAUAGUUUCCUUGUACAUUAGUGGGGGGAAAACUCUUAUAUGA